AUCUUCAUCUCUUUACAUGAGUUGUGUUUGUUUAUAAAUAGUUUUCUAAAAUAAAUUGGAUAAGAGAAUAAAAAUUAUUGGAUUGGAAAUUUAAUUACCUGCCAACUUAAUAUUGAUCAUGAAUAUCAUAAUAAAACUAAAAGAAAUACUAGAAUUAUUUUAAAUGUUUAGGGGUCAAUUUUCCAAAAUUCUUUUAUAAUAAUCUGCUAUGCAGUAGGGAUGCUUAUAGGUGCUCAUUAUAUAUUGAGUACUGAUAAUCAAUGUACUGAUAAGCCAUACCUUGGCAGACCUAAUAUGGCUUGGUUUGAUAUGAGGAGAAGGGUUAAUUAAAGUUGGACAUCUUUUGUUAAGAAUAAAAAUCGAUUAAAAAAGCUUGAAAAAAUGAAAGACAAUUGCUUUUGAGCUUGAAAUGCACUAAUGGUGUACUUAAAAGUUUUUUGUAUAAAGUUCUGAAUUUGAUAUUCCCCCGGUACAUAAACUUUCAUUUAACUUGUCAGGUGAGAAAAUCGCUAGCAGUACGUACUAUACAGCACCAGUAAAAUAUUUAGGAAUACAAUAAUGGCACCACCCAUGAUGAAAAUUUUGAAACUAAAAAGAGAAAAAAAAGUUAAUGAUACAGGAACGUUAGGAACGAUAAAUCAACCUAAUGACAUUAGCGGUUACCGGUAUAUGAUUUGAUACCAGAACCGGUAAUCAGCCUUAUUCAAACCACAGUGGUAAAAAAAAUAAACAAAAUGAUCCAUAAACAAGUUUUAAUACAAAGGGGCCACUGAUUGAGGUGUGUCACCUCCCGCUUCGAGUAAGACUGGGAGCCAUGUCCUGCUUCAACUGCUGUGUGGAGUUGACUGAGUGUGAAGACUCUACCAAAUACAAGCGCCCAAAUCAGUUGUCCAAUAACUUACAGAACAGAAAAUGGAGCCCAGAAUCUGGGAAACCAAACAUCUCCAUAAUGCAGGCCCUAGAGGAUAUUUGUGAUGGAGAGGUUUCACUCGCAAAACUGAAGAUCCAUUCUUCCAGGGUUGUAUGUCAUGAAUGUCAGGUGUACCUGCGUCAGGCAAUCAACAAGAAGUGUGAGGUGGACAGAUCAAUGAAGCAGGUGAUCAGCAUAACAGACAAGGUGUCUAAUGAACAGAGGUCGCAAUAUUACACAAGUGAAGUCUUCACAGACAAGCCUGGACAAUGCUGGUCGUGUUUUUGUCAGUUCAAGGAAGGUGACAAUAAGAAAAAGCGAAUGAACAUGAGUACCGAGCUUGUUGAUGGUCUGAAUGUCAUGGAGGGGAUUGAAUCAUUGCUAGGAGAGAAGGCUGACUCGCUUUUUGGCCUCUACCCCAGGGCAGUGUACAUCUGUAAGGAUUGUUUCAAUCUUCUUCGGCAUGUCAUUAAGUCACAAUGUGUGUUUGAAAGCUACCUGACAACCUUUAACAGCCAGACAAAUGAAAACAGCACCUUUUCCAAGCUCUGUAGAGGUGAGAUUUUGGACACCAAUGACGACAGUGUUGUCAUUGAAGACUCGGCGUUACUUAUUGCUGAAAAGAUCGAUGAGCAAGCUCCUGAAAAUGAUGACUCUCAGACUACUGAUAAGGGUGGAGUAGAUGAAGUGGAAAUAGAAAAUGAUGGUUCACAGGAAGAUCUGUUGAGGCAAGAUUGUCAUACUCAAGAUAUUUAUGUAUCAGACAGAUUAGAUGACCAUUCAAAGAAUACAACCGAGGUUGAAGGUCAUGAAGGUGAUCAGAGUGUUGAAUAUCAUGUUCAUGGUGACAGCGAAACAACUGAUGUUAUACACAUGGCUAGAGCCAUUCUGACAUCCAAAUCAUCAUCUGGUGAAACUCAUAGUGGUGAACAAAAGGUUCUUGAAAAUGAAAGGCAUUCUUCUGUAAGUCUUGAUGCUGUUCAAAUGAAUGUAGUUGACUACCAACCUGAUUCCCAUCAUAGUUCAAUAUUAAAGAAUCCUAGUGACAUUGAAUGCAUUCAAACAAUGGAAUAUCUGAAUAAAAUUGAGGAACAGCAAUCGAAUGACAGUGAGGUAGAUCAAAUUGUUUCAAAUUCAGGGGAUUUUAAAAGGACUGGUAAUAGAAAGGUCAGAAUAGUAGUUGAUUUUCAGAAGAAACAGAUUGGCACAGUCCAGUCUGAAGAUGACAACAUGCCUGCUAAUAAAAGACAGAAAAUGGAUUCAAACCUUAUGGAAAGAGACCCUGAUAAUGACUGGGUGCUGUACCGAGAUCCAGGAGACUUCAAGUCUGUCAUUAUACAGAUGAUAUUUGCAGAGGCUGGUGUAGCUUACCAGGAAAUGGCUUUGGAGGCUUACAGCGCUGUUAUUGGAACACCAGAGGAGUUUCCAAACCCAUCAUGUUCUGUGUUAAGGAGAGGAACCUUGAAGUUAUCAGCCACCCCAGUGAUCUGCAAGUACCUCGCUCAGCAGUUUGAUCUCUACCCUGCAAACGUUCACGCUCAACUACAGGCAGAGCAGAUAUGCAGCAACUGCCAUGACUUCAUAACUGAAGCUGAACUUCACCAACAUCUACCAAGCAACAACCUUCAACAAGAGUCCUUGAGCCUGUUUCAGACUGUUAGACUUCCCCCUUGGCUGAAAUAUUUCGAGCACCUUGUUUCCGCGGGCAACAGUGUAUGCAGGUAUUUAUUUGAUGACAAGCUGAGCUAUGCGGACCUCGUGCUUUACCAUGCUAUUAGAUAUGCAGAGAGAUUUCCAGCGGUGAACAACACAGCAGGAUGUGUACAGAAGCUGAGACUUUUUAAAAGAGAAAUUGAUUCGAGACCUUGUGCAGCCACUUUUCCUCAUACUUGAACAUACCUUUGAUACGAUUGUUAAGACCUGGGCCCAUGUCAACAAACAGUCCCAAGUCUCAGUAUGAAAAAAAUGUCCAAAAAUAUGGCAUGUAUGACUUUCCAGCAUUGUUGACAAUUCAUGCAUGAUCUGUGUUAAUACUAGUAACUAUAGUGUUCAACAAGUCUUACAUGUGUAGCUACAUUGAACCCAUUUCAGGAAUUUGAGUCAAAUUUAUAGUCAUGUACAUAAACAUCUUGAAGCUCUUGGGUCAAGUUUUCAACAAUUAUUUAUUAAUAUUGUGAUUGAAUUUUGGAAUAAAAUAAGUGUACAAGUA